AUGUCAUUCGGCCUAUCCAUCGGUGAUAUAAUGCUUUGCAGUCAAAUAGCCCAUCGACUCUUUGUCGCGGCAACAUCAGGCCGAAAAGAUGCACCUCGCAAGCUCAGAGAGUUUGAGCACAUCCUUUUUGGUUUGAAUUUCUCUUUAGAUCAUCUACAAGAAGCAUGCAAUGCUGUACUGUCAAGGCCAAACACCGAUGCUAGCAGACUUCAUACUCAAUUAAGGAUCAUGCUACUCUCCUGCCGCCAAACAUUGGAAGAGCUCGAAAGUGCAACAGCCCCAUACCGAGAGGCAGUCGAUGAUCCUAUAUCAACAUCGAUAGACCCCAGCAAUCUCAGAAAGUCCACACACGGGAUCAUCACCCAUGUCAAAUUUCAAUGGCGCAGAUUCCUAUGGGACUUCCAAGGGGAGUCAUUGAGUCAGUAUCGAUACAGACUUCAGUCUCAUACUGAUUCAAUCAAUCUUAUAUUGGGAUCGCUGAUAUUGUCAGCAACUGAUCGCAUCGAAGAGAAUGGACGGCACCGGAGUGAGAGGAUGGAGGGAAUGCUGCGUCAAGCAUCACAUUUCAACAGUGCAUUGUUUCAUCUGAUACAGGGCAGUCAUCAUCCCCCCAAACCUGGUCGCUCAUCGACACUUCCUGAUAUGUCAUAUUCCACUGUAUCGCAAUCGGGCUUUGUCCCGCCCCUGUAUGAGAGAGUGUAA